UCUCCAAUAAAUUCCAAAAACUCAAAAACUCUCCCAUCAAUGGCGGCCACCAAACAAACAAACAAAAAAGACCAUUAAUCUUCUUCUCGUUAAAAACAAACCAUUCCCUCUCUUUCUGACUUAGUCCUUUUUGACACUAUCCUGCAGAAGGAAAAAAAAACUACAGCUUUUACCAGUCUUCUUUUGAUCUUUUCUUCUAAUUUCACAUAUAUAUGUGGUAACUUUGACAUUAGAAUAAGAUUGAGGAUCCAUUUUUGAACUUUGGGUUUUUGUUUUUUUGGGUGAAAAAUGGGUGGUAAAUGGAGAAAAGCAAAGUCGGCUUUAGGCUUGAACCUUUGUGCUUAUUUACCCAGAACUUUAGACGAUGAUGGUGGUGGUGGUGGUGGUGAAAGAUUAUCUGAUGCUGCUUUGUUACCUCCUUCGAACUGUGAAAACAUGGUUUCUUCCUCUCAUGGUAUAAGGUUGUCCAAAAGUACAAGCAAAUCAUCCGAGCAAACAUGUUCGAUAUGUUUGAUGAAGAUGGAACAAGGGGGUGGCCAUGCUAUAUUCACUGCAGAAUGCUCACAUUCUUUCCACUUCCAUUGCAUUGCUUCGAAUGUGAAGUAUGGCGAUCGAAUCUGUCCAGUUUGCCGAUCGAAAUGGAACGAAAUCCCGAUUCGGAGCACCGGUUUAGAUCAUAUCCCUGGCAGGGCAUCAAUGGAUACUGUAGGUGGGACACACAAUGAUGCUUUGAUGGCUAUAGUCCGCCGGUUGCCUACAACUCAUUGGGAUGUAAACCGGCAGCAUGUCGCACCGGUAUUUCGAUGUGCUGAGCCAGGCGUUUUCGAUGACGAUGAGUCCUUGGACCACCUACAUGUGAUUGCUGAAAGUAAGAGUUACUCGGAUGACACAUCUGUUACAACAAUGAAGAUCGAAACAUAUCCGGAGGUCUCGACCGUACCGAGGUCUCAUACUUAUGAUGAUUUCACCGUUCUGGUUCACCUUAAAGCUGCUGCAGCGGUUGCAACUCGAAAUCUUAGUCCGAACAUACAUUAUGCUAGCUUGCUGCAAUCUCGACAUCAUCGUGCUCCGGUUGAUCUAGUCGCGGUGCUUGAUAUUAGCGCUAGCAUGUCCGGCACCAAGCUUGCGUUACUAAAACGAGCGAUGGGAUUUGUGAUACAAAACCUCAGCUCCAAUGAUCGACUUUCGGUCAUUGCCUUCUCUUCAUCUGCUUGUCGUCUCUUUCCGCUUCGUCGGAUGUCGGACUUAGGGCGGCAACAGGCACUUCAAGCUGUUAAUUCUUUGGUUGCUCAAGGUGGUACCAACAUAGCCGAAGGUCUACGAAAAGGUGCGAAGGUAAUGGAAGAUCGAACGGAAAAGAAUCCGGUUGCUAGCAUUAUAUUUUUGUCCGACGGCCAGGAUACUUAUACUGUCUACUGCACAAGCAUGAACAAGUCUCCACCUAACUACGAGUUGCUUGUGCCUCCAUCUAUGCAUGAUGGUGGCAACUCGGGACUUCGUAUUCCAGUCCAUGCUUUCGGUUUUGGUGCAGAUCAUGAUGCUUCAUCAAUGCAUUCGAUUUCAGAGAUCUCUGGAGGGACGUUUUCUUUUAUCGAAACCGAAACUAUGAUUCAGGAUGCAUUUGCACAAUGCAUCGGCGGUCUUUUAAGCGUUGUGGUUCAAGAGCUGCAAGCGUUUGUGGAGUGCAUGAAUUCGAGUAUCUGCCUCGGCUUGCUUAAAGCCGGAAGUUAUCCAAGCAAUCUGUCAGCUGAUGGGAAAACCGGAUUUAUCGAUGUCGGGGAUCUCUAUGCCGACGAAGAGAGGGAUUUCUUGGUAUCAGUAAAAGUACCGGCCGAGUCCUCUGCAUGUGAAACAUCAUUGCUAAAGGUGAAAUGUGUUUACAGGGAUCUCUUAACGAAAGAAAUAAUGACUUCGGAGAGUGAUAUCGUUCGGAUUCAAAGACCCGAAAUAGCAGGAAAUGAAGAAAUAUCAAUUGAAGUAGACAGGCAGCGUAAUAGGUUCCGAGCAGCAGAGGCAAUGGCAGAGGCAAGAACCGCAGCCGAGCAAGGAGAUCUCGCAGGUGCUGUUUCGAUCCUUGAAGAUUGUAGAAGGGUAUUGUCCGAGUCCGUUUCCGCCAAAUCUCGUGACCGACUUUGUGUCGCAUUGGAUGUGGAGCUCAAGGAAAUGGAAGAGAGGAUGGUUAGCAGGCAUGUAUACGAGGUAUCCGGGCGAGCCUAUAUCCUUUCCGGGCUUAGCUCGCACUCUUGGCAAAGAGCCACCACAAGAGGCGACUCCACCGAUGGUUCAAGCCUAGUCCUGGCUUAUCAAACGCCAUCAAUGGUUGAGAUGCUUACUCAAUCUCAGAGUCUUUCCCAACCACUAUGGUCAUCACAACCAAAACCAAGGUAACAUUCUAGGUUCCAAGGCAAAAAAAGUACACUAGUCCGAGUACCUGCGUCUUACGACCAUGUCCGACAGUCAUAUUCGACACUGUUGCUAGACGUAUAUCCGGAUGACCAUGACAAUGACAUAUAUCCAACACUUAAUAGUUACACCCGAGUUCGAGUAACAUAGCUUUUGUAUCUGUGUUGUGGUGUACAUAAAGAUAUAUAUAUGAUUGCCUGCUUCAUUUAA